AUGGUACAUCGUGAUGAUAUUCCCAAUUUAGUGCGCAAUUCUAGGAUAAUUUGGAGAAAAAGUAUGCGCCAAUUUCUUCAUCUGCUCGAAGAACUGUCCAUACCAUUGUUAGUAUUCUCUGCUGGCAUUACCGAUAUAAUCGAGGAAGCUAUACGACAAUUAUUGGGGCACAUUCCCGGCAACCUAACGAUAGCAGCAAACAAAAUGUUUUUUGAUGAGAUCGGUUACGUUACCGGUUUCACAUGUCCCCCUGUUCAUUCGCUAAGCAAAACUAUGGCUCAUUUACGCGAUCUCAUUCAUGGAGUAGAUAGGAUGUAUUCAAGGCGAACUAAUGUGGUAGUAAUAGGUGAUAGUGAAUCAGAUGCUUCUAUGGUGGACGGGUGGCAAGAGAAGAAAAUCCUAAAAAUCGGUGUCCUGGAAGAAGAGAUGCCGUUGCUGAAAGCUUUCGAUAUAGUCAUAACAAGUAGUGACUGCAAUCGAUUGAAUGAUCUCAUCAGAUAUCUCACAUCGCCGCAACAGCUUUAA